AUGGCAGCACAGCAACGCAUCCUGACCGGUAUGCGACCCACCGGACAACUGCAUCUGGGCCACUAUCUGGGCGCGCUGGAAAACUGGAUUCAGCUGCAGCACGAGUACGAAUGCUUCUUCCUGAUUGCCGACUAUCAGGCGAUGGGCGACCAUCUGGACGACAUCGGCCUGAUUCAACGGUCGGUUCUGGACGUGGCAACUGACUGGCUGGCGGUGGGGAUUGACCCCGAAGAGUCAUCCUUCGUCAUCCAGAGCUACGUGCCGGAACACGCCGAGCUGACCAUGUUCCUCAGUAUGUUGACUCCGCUGAACCAGCACCAGAAAAACCCCACGCUGCGCGCGGAAAUCGGCCAGCUUGAAUCGGAAAACCAGUCGGUUACGCUCGGGUUCUUCAACUACCCUCUCAGCCAGGUUGCCGACAUCCUGCUGCCCAAGGCCCACCUGGUGCCCGUGGGUGAGGAUCAGGUCGCACACAUCGAGUACACCCGCGACAUCGCCAGACGUUUCAAUCGCAUUUAUGGCGAGGUCUUCCCCAUGCCCCGCGCCCGGGUGGGCCGUGUCCCCCGUCUCGUCGGCACCGAUGGCCGGGCCAAGAUGAGCAAGAGUCUCAACAACGCCGUGUACCUGGCCGACGAUCCCGAUACGGUGAAGCAGCGGGUCCGCCGCAUGGUCACCGACACCACCGGCGAAAACCCCCGGCUAAGACCCACCGACCCCGGUGUGGUGGAGUACAACCCGGCCUUCCUGUACCACGACGCCUUUAAUGAUGACGCGGACGAAGUGGCCGAACUGAAGGAGCGAUACACCGCCGGCACGGUCAGCGACGUGGAGGUCAAAGACCGCCUGUCCGACGCGCUAAACCGCUUCCUGGAACCAAUCCGGGAGCGGCGGUCGUGGUACGCCGAACACCCGGAUUACGUCCGCGACGUGCUGCUCGCCGGCACCGGACGCGAGCGCGUAAUCGCCCGCCAAACCAUCGAGGACGUGCGCCAGGCUAUGCAGGUAAUGUACGCUUGA